AUGGAUGUCCUGAAACAAAAGAUAGAUAUGGUAAACAAGAAGCUGGACAGAGUGAUUGAGAUUGUUGGGGAGCUCAAGUCCUCCAACAGGUCUAGCUUGGAAAAAGAUGAGUUUAAUAAGAGCGAAAGCACAUACCAUGUCCCCAAGUACUCAUAUCGUUAUUCCGAAAGGACCCCACUAAGUUCCAAGUCUCUAUUUAACAAGCCAUACUAUCUUGGAGAAAAGACCCAGAUUGGGGACAUUAGUGAUGUGGAAUUGCCUGAAAAGAGCUUGGGAGUAAGCAGCGUCAUAAAUUCCCAGGGCUCAAAGUAUUCGGGGGAUCUUGAUCUUCAUGGAAAGGCAACUGGGGUAGAGAUUCACGGGAUUUCUAUUUCCGGCAAACCCAGCUCGUCCGCUGAGAUCGAAAGGAAGCCUGAAUCUUCCAGCACACCCUCUUCUAGAGGCUUUGGAGUAUCUGGGCUUCCUGCAAGUAGCAGCUCAAGCAAUACAGUUGAAAAUGUUGUUUCGAGUGGAGAGAGCCUUGAGAAACUCAUUGGAGAAUUCCUUAACGAAAGCUUUAGCACCGUUCUCAAGCCAUCGACUUCAGAGGUACUGAUUGAAGAUGGUAAGCAAGCACAGGACAAAAGUAAAGCCUUGAAGGAGAGUAACUCGAUGAAGAAUGGCAAUGGGCAGCUUGAUCUUGGGAGCAGCCAAGGCUCCGUGUCUCGAUCCCCUUUGAGCAGUAAGGAGAAGAAAGAAGACAUAGUAUAUGCAAAAAAAGAUGGGGAGGAGACCAAGACAUCAUCAAGUCCGAUUGUUGAUAGAAAGCUGGAAGGUCCCAUCAGUAGGGAAGCUAGCGUAUCAACCGAGAGGACUUCAAAACCUCUCAAGCCAGAAGCAAAGGCCUUAAGCAGUGGGCUUCAGGGAGGGAAUGAAAAAGGGCUUAGUCAUACCACCACUCUUCAUCUUUCAGAUGGAAGCACAAGGGAGAGAGCCACUCUGGUAUAUCCGUCGGAGAGCGAAGCAAGCUAUGAAGAUGUCUCGAGUAGUGGAGGUGAUGAUGAAGGAGCCACAGACCUGAGAAAUAGGGGGCCUAGGCCACGAAUCUCGGUCAUCAAACUAUGA